GCACGACAAAUUGUGGUGGGCACAGCACGAAUCAAAAUGAAUAAAGAAGUUGUUGAACACCACCACCGACCACCCCAUUCUCUGCUAGUCUGCUUCGCACAUUGGCCAAGUAUGCUCUGUCUGCCAUUUGCCUCUUUCGGAAAAAAGUGUCUAGGAGAUUAAGCUUAAACUUUCAAGAAAGAAGUUUCUUUAGCAAAAGGGUGUUUUCUCUGGGGAUUCUUGCGCAGCCUGCAUACUUAGAUAAGGAUUCAUCUAUUUAAACCAAAGGGUCUAUAAAUUAAUCUCUACUUCCUAUUUGGUAAUUGAAAAUGGGAGGGGUACUGGGCAAGGGUGACUCUCCAAAGGCUUCAGUACCAGAGACAAAGCUUGAGACUAAAAUAACUGAGGCAAUGCAGAGGAGAGAAACUGCAGGGAGUUCCCUGAAAUCAUUCGACUGCAUUAUCUUAAAAUUUCCCAGAAUUGAUGAAAGCUUAAGAAAAUGCAAAGCUACAUUUGAGGAAUUCGAUGAGGAUAGGAAUGGUGCAAUAGAUCCACAAGAGCUGAAGAACUGCUUUCAUAAGCUGGAGAUUAAUUUCACACACGAGGAAACAGAUGAUCUCUUUGAGGCAUGUGAUAUUAAUGAGGAAAAGGGAAUGAAGUUCAAUGAAUUUAUUGUUCUUCUUUGCCUUGUCUACCUUCUGAAGGAUGAUCCAACUGCCCUGCAUGCUGUAUCCUGAAUACUGACUUAAAAAUGAGUUGCAUUGACUCAGUUGUGUUUAAUUAUGGUUCUGCAUUUCAUGUUUGGGGGUCAUGUUACUUUUCAUAUGAUAUAGUGUCACAUAUCAAUUGUGAUAAUUACUUGCACUUUGCACCAAAGGGAAAAAAAUAUCAUCUAACCUUACGGACAGACUGAAACUAUCUUAUGCCGGUGUGUUCAAGCUUUACAACUGCUCUCUUUCUUCCUGUACACAUGAUAUAUCAUUUGGAAUUACAAUGUGUAUGUACAUGCCUAUUUCUUGAUUAAUAACUCCAAUACCAUAAAUUUCUUUCUGAAUUUAUCUUUUUUGGCUGGUUUAUCAUCUUCAAGUGUGGUCAAUAUGAUGUAGCCUAUCUGUCUUCCGCUGCAUAUCUGUUGCUCAGGAAGCCAGUAAGUAAAUCCUGUGUGGAGAAAUAUCUUUGCAUUGUUUGUUUGUAUUUUUUUAUUUUAUUUUAAACUAGGACUGGGCAAAUCUCUCGAACCGAACCCGAACCCGAACCGAA